AUGACGCCUCACAUCCAACAUUUGAAAGGCACACACAGUAAGAACUUAUUUCUCAAAGACAAAAAGAAAAAACGCUACUGGCUGGUGACAGUUCUUCAUGACAGACAAGUUAAUUUAAAUUAUCUUGCAAAGAAGUUAGGUGUUGGGAGUAGAAAUCUGAGGUUUGGCGAUGAAGUGGCCACGCUGGAGAAACUGAAAGUUGGCCAAGGCUGGGCCACCCCACUGAUGCUCUUCUGCAACAGUGGAGAGGCGAAAUUUGUUCUGGAUUCUGCCUUUCUGGAAGGUGGACACAAAAAGGUGUUCUUUCAUCCCAUGACCAACGCUGCGACCAUGGGACUGAGCCCUGAAGACCUCACGUUCGUGAAGAAAACCAGACAUGACCCCGUAGUAAUACAUUUUGGUAAAAACUAA